AUGGGAGACCUCUUUUCUUUAUUUUGGGAGGUGGAGCCUUCCUCCGUACCUCUAAAUUUUCCCAUUUCAGAUGAGGAUUAUGAAUGCCGGGAGGACGACUCUUGUGGGACAAUAGGGAGCUUCCUACUUUGGUAUUUUGUCAUCAUCUUGGCUCUGAUAUGCUUCUCUCGGACUUCUGUCUGGAUGUCUGAGGAUAAAAAGGAUGAGGACAGUGGAACAAGCUCUUCAGGAAGUAAAGCAAGCAAAGAGACUUCCUGUAAGCGAGAAAAGAAAGAUGGCGACGGGGACUCUUCACAAGCAAUGGAGAAACCAAAGUUGCAGAGCCAACUCACCCUUGUAACCGACUCAGAAGCAGCUCUGGUCAGAGCCUACGUUGAGCAAAGACAAGCCAGGCAUCCUUCUCAGUUCCACGAGAUGACCCAGAAUCCACAUGACAGUGACACUACAGAGUGUGACAGUGAAGAAUCCAACUCAGAAGUCUCCUCGUGGAAGGAGAGUGAAAGUGAGAAUCACCCAUCAUCUGACAGCACCCAGAGGAGAACAACCCAGAGGCACCUGGGUGGUUACCAGCUCAGAGAAAGGCCCUGCCUCCACUGCAAAGCCCUGAGAACCCAUGAGUGGCUGACGCACCAUUUCCCCAAAGAGGCUUCAGCAACAGCCCCGGCAAAGGGAGAGGAAAAUUCCAAACCUGAGAGUCACGCAAAACCGAGUCAAUUUUGA